UGCUCUCGUAUGGUUACUUCCUGCCGAUUUGAACACAUUUGUUUGACAUCAAAUAUCCUCAAUCGAGUGCAUAUUAAAAGGAACAUUUUAAAAGCAGGGGUUAACAAAAUACAGGUUAAAAUAUCAAAGGACAAUCGGUUGUUUCUCCUUUAAGAAAUCGAUGUAAAAUCUGGAAUUGACAACAACCCAGGACCAAUGGUAUAGAACAACGGCAGUAUGCAACGUGUUUCGACCAGUCGAAAUAGAGGAGGGUGUAUGCGGUAGAUAUUCUCUAUGGCUGUGAACAUAUUUUAUAACCUUGAUUCUCUUUUUACUUUCUUUCUAAACAAGCCUUCAAACUACCUCCACCACAAACAUGUUGCCAUGGAUAUCACCACCAAGUAUUGCCAUAAGGAGAUGGAGAGCUAUGGGCAGUGUGUGGCCGCUCACCCGUCAACAUGGCAACAGCACUGUCAAGAGCUAAAGAUGAAGGUGGCACAGUGUACCUCUUCACACCCUGUGAUCCAGAAGAUCCGGACAGACUGUUCAAAAGAGUUCACAGAGUUUGAACGCUGCUUACUAGAGAACCAGAACUCACCUACCUCCUGUUCAGCACACGUGGCACGCUUCCUCGGCUGUGCCGAGACAGUGGACCUUGCCGGAGUGGUGAACCCGGUUCCUCAGCCCUCUUAGGACCCAACAGUGACCAUCAUCCAUCCCUCUCAGAGAAGAUAUCUCCUUCCUGCAAUACUAACGCCGGACUGCUCUAUCAAUCAUGGAUAAAUCACUGCCCAAGUCAUAUUGAUAACAUAACAUCCUGACUUUGUACAUGAAUAAAGUGGACUCUUGUCCAUGGCUACUUUAGGAUUUGUCAAGAGAACUCGGAAUGUUAGACAUUUACAAGUUACUGGGACAGAGUUAGCUUUGCAACCUCACUCCGCAGCAUAUCUGUGCACAACUGCGUGUUAUCCAAGUAUCCCUGGUUUGCGGUGUAGUGGUCUCUUGUAAAUGUUAUUUUGGGGGAAAUUUAUCAUUAAACUCCUAUAUUUCAGUCCUAUUACUCAUCCAGUUUGGAUACAUACUCUGAUGUUAUGGUGCCCCUUUCUCGCUCCCACGCUCAUUUUCUUCAGGUUGAAAUGAGUCAUGGUAGAAUAUUCAACCGUGGAAUGUAUGAUAUCUCUCCCACACAUCUCUCCUUGGCUACUCACUUGUUGAGGGAAAGGAGGGAGCACAGGAAGGAGGGGAAGGUGGCUGGAAAGUUUGAAUUUGAAGGAGCUAAGGAAAGGUGGAAGGAAGGGGGAUGAAACAAGAGGCUUUCCACUGGCCGGAGGGAACAGAGCCCAGGAAAAUGGAGAAGGUGGAGGCUGUGGAGUUAUAAUCUGUGUGACCAUAGAGAGACAGACGAGGGGGAGGAUGUUGAGUUAUGUGCCCUUUGACUACUAACCGGAACAGGCCACCUUUUCUGCUUCAAUUAUUAAAGGCUGAGGUAGACGCAA